GAAAAAAACGCUGAAUUGCGAAAUCAAAAUUCUAAGAUAUGAACUUGUAAUUCUGAGGAAGAAAGUCUGAAUUGCUUAAUGUUAAUUCACAAUUCUCUCUCUGUGGCAGAGACAUGCAGCCCACUGAAUGACAGUUCUGUACGUCAUGUCAAAAGUAACAAUAAAAAUGCCACGGUGGACUAUAAAAGCUUUGCAACCUUCUGUCCAGUGAUCACUUCAGCUGAAGGAGUCAACAUCCAUCACUCAUCCAGCACUGACUACAGCUCUUGAGAAUAAAAGACAGUCUUGAGAAGAAAACAGAAAGCACCAGAAUGCUAUCUGCAUUCUUUGGCAAGAAAGACGAGCUCAAGAAAGAAGAGCUGAUAAGGUCCACGCAGACCCUCCACCACUAUGUGCGCAAAUACUUCAGCAUCACCAACAGACUGUUAGAGAUACUCAGCACUCACCUGAAUCAAAGCCCUUCCCCUGCUGUCUCAGAAAAUGAAAGUGAAAGCAUUGAGGAAAACUGCGGCAGGGUGAGAAAUGUUAUGGGCCUGAUCCUGGAUGUUUCUGAGAAGGAGAACAAACAUGUCCGUAAGAGCAUCGCACCUGCUCUUUAUGAACGGAUUGCCUUCUCUGGAGCGUCACUGAAGGACAAGGCUGAGCUGAUAAAGGAUCUGCAUCGGAAGACCAUGGGACUCUUGGGGAACGUCUGCGGUCCUGUAGUCGCUGUUCGACUGGCAAACAGUGAUCUGGGGAGUGCCAUGCCUCCAGUGGAACACAAUGGAUUUCAGCCUGUUCUGUUGUUUGCUCUGGGAGAUCUAGUGCAGAGCAGCGCAAGAAUCACUCAACUUCUGUGUGGAUCAGGAGAAAAGAGCCUGGAUGAAGCCGUUGAGUUAGUGGAAGAAGCCCUGUCUGUGCUGAAGCCGCCCUGUGACUCCUACAAUGACAUUUUGAGUGAAGUGGAAGCCUAUGUCACCAUCAUAUCUGAGAACAUUUAGAGCAGAAUCAUAGCAAUAUUAAUAUCUUUAUUAAGUAGAAGAAGCCAAGAUUCAGCCAUUGUCAUGUUGUUUUUUUCUUUUGAAUGAAUUUAAUUGUUCAAUUAAAGGGAAUAGUGCAACUGUAAAUGUCUAAAUUGUGUGUGAAGUCAUUAAUACCAUGAUUUAACUUUUGGAGUACGUUCACACCUGCGGUGAUUUGCGUGCGGUGCUCUUGUCAUUGGUUGAGUUGAUUAACUGAAUGUUCUCCACUUGUGCUAAUUAGGUUAAUUAUCUGAACCUGCUCCUCCCGAACUUUGUUAAAAAAACAUCAUACUGUAUAUGCACCUCAUGGCAGCCCAUGUCUAUGGCAAGAUCUGCUUGGGAGAAUACUUGCAUAGGCAGAGAAGACAAAGAAUAUGCCCCCAUUUCUCGUACUCAAAUACAGGCAAACAUAGGUAACAUACACAAGCUUCAUCCGUUUCUUUGGAGCUGCAGAACUACAUAUGUUUUGGCAGUAGAUUUGCUGGGGCAUCAUCAUCUCCUUUGCCUCCUGCUUGAUGGAGGAUAUUCUUCUAUCUUGUUGUCACCUGCUUAGUGGUAGUUCAUAUGUUAUAUUGUACAGCAGCAAUGUGUAUUACAUAUUCACAACAGCAUGGUUAUGAAUGUCUUGGCAGUUGUAAGUGUGAUACUUGCUCUGCAGAAGUAGUGUUGCAGAUCUAUUAAAAUAAGAAUGAACAUACCAAUAUUGUCAUACCCAUUACCAUGCCAAACACUCUGAGAGUUGUCAAGACAGAAAUAUGAAAAUGAUGUAGGCUAUAUACAGUGUCCUCCUAUAAUAUUGGCACCCUUGGUAAA